AUGGAACACAAUAGACGCAGUCAAAAGAAGAUUCGUGUAUUGGAUGGAUCUUUCAGUGCCGAACUAUUGAAUGUUUCCAGCGGUUACUUUGACGUGGAACGCCCUAACUGGACUUUCGACGCAGUUAUUCACGAUCCCGAGGCGGUAGUUGCGGUCCACGAGAGAUUCAUUGAUGCUGGUGUGGAUGAUAUUACCACAAACACAUAUCAUGCGUCAUUGCUCUGCCUGAAAGAUCAAGGCCUUAACGGCGCGGAAUUCAUUAAGAAAGCCGUCAACUUACUAAAGGACACCGUAUCCAGCCACCAAUCCGGUGAUACACUACGAAUCUGGGGUUCCAUUGGAUCGUAUGCUAUUUGCUUUCGUGGUGAAGCAGCCGAAUACACAGGAGCAUUUGUUGACGUUCAGCCGCCGAUUAAAAUCAUGAAGACCAUGAUAGCCUAUUACAUGGACCAAAUUGAAGCGAUGAAGGCAAGCGGUGUCCAUGAUUUGCUUUUCGAAACUAUAAGCUCUGCGAUGGAAGCGGAGGCGAUUUGUGAGGCUUUGAAUAACCACGAUAACAUAAAUGCCGUAAUUUCAUUUACAUGUCGUCAAAAUUCUGUUCUCCUUCGUCAUGGUGAGACGCUUGGAAGUGCUGUGAGAAUUGCACUGAAGUGCCCUAAGGUUGUCGGGUUUGGUAUCAACUGCACGGAUCCAAGAACAAUAACAAUAUUGCUUGAAUCUGUUCGAUUCAUAGAAGAUGUGCCAGACAUUUUCGUUUAUCCAAACAAUGGAAAAUAUGAAUUGCACAAAGAUGCGGAGAAACCCUUGGACAUUGUUCUCAAUUCCAUCGAAAAAUGGGUGGAACUCGGAGCAACAGUGAUCGGUGGAUGCUGUGGAUUCGAUGCCAAGGACAUUAGCGAAAUAAAGAAAAAGGUCCAAAUGUUGAACUCGAAUACAAGCGGUUAA